AUGGGAUCAUUUUCCUGGCGGUGGUUCUUGGAGUAUCUUUCGGUUCGCUAUGUCUACAAGAGUGGAGAGGCCCCACCCCCGGGCCAGUACCUCUACUUGCUGAUGCCGCAUGGCCUCUACCCGUUCUCGGGUGCCUGCACGGGACUUUCCACCUUGCGUGAGGUGUUUCCUCGAAUGCGCAUUGCUGCAGCCGACAUUGCCUUUCGGAUACCCUUCAUCCGGCAGCUCCUGGGCUACAUCGGAUGCAUCCGUGCGGACAAGGCUUCCAUCGCCCGGGCCCUGAAGAAUGGCGACUCGGUGGGCCUUUUCCCAGGUGGCAUCGCUGAGAUGGUCCGCACCGACGCGAACACGGAGCGCUUGCUUCUCCGCUCCCGCAAGGGUGCGGUGCGGAUUGCUAUGGAGAACAAGGUCCCUCUGGUGCCCGUCUACGUCUUUGGCCAGAGCGUGCUCUGGAGCCACCUUCCCUUGCCGGCCUUUGUCGAGCGCCUGAGCCGGUGGCUCCAGGCCAGCAUCAUCGUGCCCUACGGGCGUUUCGGCCUCCUGGUUCCGCAGAAGCGGCAGCUUCUGUACGCCUUCGGGGACCCGAUCCCGCCUGGCGAAAGCGUGGAAGCAACCCACCAGGCUGUGGUGGCGGCUGUGCAGGGUCUCUACGAUGCGUACAAAGGCAUGUACGGAUGGCAAAACCGGCCACUUCAGAUCGACUGA